GUUAGUGAAAUAAAUCGGACGGAGUUGUGUCAUGAAAAAAUGUAAACAUUGACAAUUUUAUCUAAAUUUAGAAAAAAUUGCGGGAUUACGCCAAUCAGAUUUUCAUGAUGGUAAUAUGACAUUAUUCAGAAGAUGAAAUAUUUACUUGCAUCUAAAUUGACUAUGCUUUUAAAGAUCUUACCUGAAUAAAAUGUCUGAUGCCAUGUUGUUUAGAUCCGAAGUUGAGAAUAAACCAAGAAACAAGUGUUCAAAAGAUCCUCAGGCCUCUCAUAAUUAUGAAGUACCCCCAAAAUCACCAAGGUACUUGAAAAAGAAGCGUGCCUCUCUCCAUCAAGCAAGACGGCUUCAUUGUCAACAAUCACAUAAAGACAAAAUAUGCAAUUUUAAACACAAACAUUCAGAAACUUGUGAAAUGCCUUCAGAAAUAUUACAGACAGCAAAUAAAAUUUCCUUUAGUUCUAUGGAAAGUAAAGGUGACCUUGAUUUUUCUGUUAUCAAAAGAGUCAGCAUUUCUUCUCAGUGUAUAAUUCUCAAUGAACUCAAGCGUAGCUUUAGUUUGCCAGUUAUUUUAGAAGGAUAUACUAAUAGUUCUGUUAUUUUAAAGUAUACCUCUCUACCAAAUAUUUCAUUUAAUACCUCUUCUAUGCAGCUAUAUAUAAAAACGGCACAGCAUAAGGAGCACAAUACUGUAAAUAAUAAUUGCCAAAGUGAUAGUGAUUCAAGUGAUUAUGCUGGAAAUGUUUGUACUUUUUCACGUCGAAGCAGUACUUCUACAGUUUGUGAAAGGAAUAACAGCAUUGACUCGGCAUUUAGUUUAAUUUCUAUCAUAGAUAUUAAAGAAAUUGAGGAGGCAAUUUAUGCAGAAAACAGUGGCUUGUCAAAUUCAGCUUGGAAGCCACAGCAUGCAAGAUCAAAAUCUGAUGCUUCUUGUAAUUCUAAUUUUACUGAAAUAAUAGAAGGUACUGAAGUUUUCUCAUUGCCAAGUUCUUUAUCUGAUUGCACUGGUCCAAGAAAGAAGAGUAUUUUUGAAGGUAGACAAAUUGUAGUGCCAACUGAAUGUUUCUUUCCACGUCCACAACAAGGUCAAAGUUUGACUAGUUUUUUAUCUUCAAAUGAGUUCAAUAUUUCUGCUGAACUUGACAGGGAAAAUGCUCAUUUUUGCAUAUCUGAAGCAUUAAUUGCUGCUAUUGAGCAUAUGAAAUGCUCUCAAGUGCAAAAGGUUGUUGAAGAGGAGGAAGAGAGUGAUGAAGAAAUUAGAAAACUAACUCAGAGGAUACGUAUUCGCAGACGAGAGAGGCAAAGAGAGAAAGCAGUGAAAAGUUUUAUACUUCUCAGUGAUGGUAAAACUGACACAACAACAAGUCAAAGUGCCUCUCCUCCUGUAUCUUCUCACUCAUCAGAUUUUGAAGUUGAUAGCAUUGGGAGUGAAGAUGAAGUUGAGGAUAUAGAACUUUCAGCUCACACUGAAUCCAACCUUAGUUCCAUGAAAGAGAACGGGUUAUCUUUAUCUAUGGCAUCUUUGUAUUCUGAUGCUGAUAUUCAUAAAGUGCCAUUCCAUCAAAAAGAAAUUGACAAUAAAAAGUUUCAAGAUUCUGAAAAUAGUAAUAAUUUAUCAGCUGAAUCUGUUGCACUGUCACUUUUAAGAAGGUUUUCUGAAAAACAUCUUCCUAAAGCAUCUGAACUGCAGUGGCUUGUAUCUGAGCAAGAAGCACCUCAAAGGCUUCUGCCUCUGCCUGAUUCAUUUCCUGUUUCACCUGAUUCAAUAGAAGAAGAGUACAACUUAGAAAAUACUCGCUUGAGAGGUAAUUUAGAAUGGGCUCCACCUAGGCCGCAGAUUAUAUUUAUUAUUCAUCCUAAUAUAAAGAGGAAAGAUAUUUUAGCAAAACAAAAGUACAGAUGUGCUGGAUGUGGGAUGAAAAUUGAAAGACAUUAUAUUGACAGAUUUCGUUACUGUGAUUAUUUUGGGAAGUACUUUUGCCAGUGCUGCCACAAUAACAGCUUAGCAUACAUUCCUGGACGAAUUCUCUGGAAAUGGGAUUUUACUAAAUAUUAUGUGUCCAAAUUUGCCUGGGAUCUUCUUGACCAGAUGUUUUUAGAUCCUCUGUUUAGUAUUAUUGACAUUAAUAAUAAUUUAUACAAAAAAAUUCGACAACUAGAUGUUUGCCGUGCCUAUAGAAUGCAACUGUUUUAUUUAAAGCAUUUUAUGAGAACAUGUCGAAAAGCAGAAAUGAUUCAUGCUGCUCUGGAGAAACAGCAUCAUCAUAUUUUAUUUGAACCACAUUUGUAUUCUCUUAGUGAUCUUGUUCAGGUAAAGAAUGGUGAGAUGAGUAAGCAUCUAAGUCAGCUCGUUAGCCAUUGUUUAGAACAUGUGAAACAUUGUAUAUUGUGCCAAGCAAAAGGAUUUGUAUGUGAAAUUUGUGGAAAGGAUAAAGAUAUCAUUUUCCCGUUUCAAUUGGACAAAGUUGUAUUAUGUCAAGUUUGUGGUUCUUGUUUUCAUAAACGCUGUUAUAAGAAUAUAAAAUGUCCCAAGUGUUUGCGUAUUGAAGAGCGAAAGAAGUUGAUUGUAAAAAUGGAAAGUGAUGAAGAAUUUUCAAAUUAAAAAGAAAAUGGAUCUGUGAUGUGUAUAAAAAUACAUUGUGUGAUAUUUUAUUUUACAUUGAAAUAUGUUUUAGAUUCAGGUAAUUUUUGUUGAUAUUUGGGUAUAUUUUAAAGGUUAUAAUUCGUGAUCAAAGUGUUCUGAUAAUUCAAGAUAUUCUUAAUGUUGUAUUUCAGAAACUAUCUCACUAGAGGUUGCACAUUUAAAUAUGCAAUUUUCUAAUUACAGAAUAUCAAUAUAUUACAUUAAAAAUUUUUUUAUAUGCAAAGUGAAUUCUUUUUUAAUUCAUUUUUAUAUUAUUUUCCAUAUUUUUUUGUCUGUUUAUCUGUUUCAUGAAUGAAAUUUAAAAAAGUGUUCUUAAAUGGAACUAACUUUUGUAAAACCAGAUAUUGUAAACAGUUUUCCAUGUUUUUAACAUGUUUAUGAAAAAAUAAAUCACUGAUCACUCUGUGAUUUUUUUCAUUUGCAUUCUUUGAUUGUUUGCUAGUCAGCAAUUAUUCAAUUUAAGUGAUUGAGAAGUUGUUACUUGAAGGUAUGCAAUGUAAAAAAAAAAAAACCUACUUUUAGUGAAUUGAAAGUCUGUAAUAUAUUGUGGUUAUAUAUUGAGAACAUUAGGAUUACAUAUAGGACAGAAAAUAAAAGAAAUGUAUAUCAGUAUGUUUAAUUCUUCAAAAAAGACUAAAUGAGAUAUAAUUUUGUGGGAACUCUUCUGUUAUCAGGACCAAAUUCAGAAGUGUAUGUAUGGGUAUGUAAGCACAUGAGUAUGUGUGUAUGUGCAUAUAUAUGUUUACACAGAGAGCUACAUAUACACAUUUAUGCAUACAUGAUACAUACAUCCAUACAUCCAUACAUGCAUACGUGAUACAUCAGUCCAUUCAUUCAUACAUGCAUACAUAUAUACAUUUCUGGACCUGGUCCUGAUAACAGAAAAGUACCAUUUUGUGAAAUAAGUUUCUUUUAAUUUUAUGAUUGUUUUAUAAAUUUAUUGUUUAACAAUUUGAUUGAACACAAAUUAAUCAUUAAAAAUCUGAUGUGCUACUGUUUUCACUUAUAUGUUUUCACUUGUAUAGUGUGUUUUAUAGUAUUCUGUGAGUGGGGAUAUGAAAUUUGUGAUGAUGGAUAUUAAUAAUCUAGUCUAGGAUUAUUUGUUAAAUCUUGCAUUGGUUUUGCACAUUGUAGAUAGACUGUAUAUAAAUCAUGCAAAUAUUAUUUUUAGUGAAUUUGGAAAACAAAAUGGUAAUAUAUUAAUGAAAAUUUUAGAGUAUAAUUUAUGUAUAGCCUAUCUAUAUUGUGAAUAUUAUUUGUAUGCUUUAAAUUUUCUGAUUAAUUUUGGAGAAAUGUUUUUAAUACAUAUUCUUUAAAAAAGUUUUAGUGCUUUUAUUUAAAUAUUAUUUCAUAAAAUAUAGAAUUAAAAUGAUUAAACUUUGUGACUUAUAUAAGAUCCUUCAAAUAUAUGCAUAGAGUAUUUUGUGUUUUGCUGUUUUCUAACACUAACAGUGUCUUGCAGUAAAAUGAAUUUUAUUAUCAUGCCCAUAUUUCUAUUUAAAACCAUAUUAAUCUUUUGGGAUAAAGACCAAAAUACCUGUAAGAUCUUUAAAAAGAUGGGAUUUCUCACACCUAAUGCUUUUCCCCUUUCAGAAAGCCCUUUGUUCUUUGCAGCAGUGGCUCUUGUAUGUAGUUUGAUUCAUGCUUAGAAAGAUGCAUUUAUUUCACAAAAGGAAGGGAAAUGUAGGGAUUAUUGAACAUUGACUAAUUGCUAAAUGGUUUUCCUAAUGGAGGGAAAAUUUAAAGGUUUUACAUUGGACUACUCUGUGAUACGCAGAAGAGAAUGUAUAUUUCCAUUAUAGAAAAGGCCAUUCUGUUUCUCUCUAUGAUAGCAUAUAGCUUAAAAAAAAAGUUUGAAUUUUUAAAUAAUGAUUGUAAUUUUCUAAACUGUGUUUAUGAACUGUUAAUAAGAAUUAAGUCUAUUAUAUUUUUAUAUUAAAGUUAUGGUAUAAAACUCCUUUGCUAUUUUAUAUAUACGAGGGCUAUCCAGAAAGUAGAUUAUGUUUUGGAAUAAAAAAAUAAACAAAGUAUAGGAAACAAAUUUUAUUAUAUACAGAUGAAAGCCACACUCAAAUACUACUUUUCU